GAAACCGGUAACUAUAAACGAGGCACGGCGCAGGAUCCGGGACCUUGCCGGCGAUGACGGUGGCUCAUUCUCACCGGUUCUCGACGGCGGUUAACCCCAUUAACAUAAGCUUGCUUUCAAAACAACUACUUCAGCUUGGAAGAACCAAUAACAACAAUUCCGGUACAUUCUCAGAGAUAAGUCAUCAAAGAGAGCUUCUAGUGUCUUCACUCAUCUCAAAGCUCGAUGAUUGCAUCAAUCUCAAUCAAAUCAAGCAAAUUCAUGGUCAUGUUCUCCGUAAAGGUCUUGAUCAAAGCUGUUACAUUCUCACCAAGCUAAUUCGCACGUUAACCAAGCUCGGUGUUCCAAUGGAUCCAUAUCCUCGCCGUGUAAUCGAGCCAGUUCAGUUUCGGAAUCCAUUUCUCUGGACCGCAGUGAUUCGUGGGUAUACGAUUGAAGGUAAAUUUGAUGAAGCUAUUGCUAUGUAUGGAUGUAUGAGGAAAGAAGAGAUUACGCCAGUUUCUUUCACUUUCUCUGCUCUUUUGAAAGCUUGUGGAUCAAUGGGAGAUUUGAAUUUAGGUCGACAGUUUCAUGCACAGACGUUUAGACUUAGAGGGUUUUGUUUUGUGUAUGUUGGGAAUACAAUGAUUGAUAUGUAUGUGAAAUGUGGGUCUAUUGCUUGUGCGCGUAAGGUGUUUGACGAAAUGCCUGAACGAGAUGUGAUAUCGUGGACUGAGCUUAUUGCUGCGUAUGCGAGAGUUGGGAAUAUGGAAUCUGCUGCGGGUUUGUUUGAAAGCUUGCCUACGAAAGAUAUGGUGGCUUGGACUGCUAUGGUUACGGGAUUUGCGCAGAAUGCUAAACCUCAGGAAGCUUUAGAGUACUUUGAUAGGAUGGAGAAAUCGGGAAUUCGAGCUGAUGAGGUUACUGUGGCUGGAUAUAUAUCGGCAUGUGCGCAGCUGGGAGCAAGUAAAUACGCUGAUCGGGCUGUUCAAAUCGCUCGGAAAUGUGGGUAUUCUCCUACCGAUCAUGUUGUUAUUGGGUCUGCGUUGAUAGAUAUGUACUCAAAAUGUGGAAAUGUAGAAGAGGCAGUUAAUGUGUUUGUGUCAAUGAACAACAAAAACGUUUUCUCUUACAGUUCGAUGAUCCUUGGUCUUGCUACGCAUGGGCGUGCUCAAGAGGCUUUAGAUCUGUUUCAUUACAUGGUAACGCAGACAGCGAUAAAACCAAACACGGUUACAUUUGUUGGUGCGCUUACGGCUUGCAGCCACUCGGGACUCGUUGACCAAGGACGUCAAGUAUUUGCUUCUAUGUAUCAAACAUUCGGUGUUGAACCAACGCGGGAUCACUAUACUUGUAUGGUCGAUCUUCUUGGCCGUACAGGGCGGUUACAAGAAGCCCUUGAGCUGAUUAAAACUAUGUCUGUUGAGCCACACGGAGGUGUAUGGGGUGCAUUACUCGGUGCCUGCAGAAUUCACAACAAUCCAGACAUAGCAGAGAUUGCUGCAGAACAUUUGUUUGAAUUGGAACCGAACAUUAUCGGAAACUAUAUAUUGCUCUCUAACGUCUACUCGUCAGCUGGAGACUGGGGCGGCGUUUUAAGAGUGCGGAAACUGAUCAAAGAAAAGGGUUUGAAGAAGACACCCGCGGUUAGUUGGGUUGUAGAUAAGAACGGUCAGAUGCAUAAGUUUUUCCCGGGAAACCUAAACCAUCCAAUGUCAAAAAAGAUUCAAGACAAGUUAGAAGAGCUUGUAGAAAGAUUAACGGCAUUAGGGUAUCAACCGGAUUUAAGCUCUGUGCCCUACGACGUGAGUGACAAUGCAAAGAGGUUGAUACUGAUACAGCACACCGAGAAGCUAUCUUUAGCGUUCUCUUUACUCACUACGAACAGAGAUUCUACAAUAACAAUAAUGAAGAAUUUGAGGAUGUGCCAAGAUUGUCACAUGUUUAUGCGUUUGGCAUCAGAAGUUACAGGGAGGGUGAUUAUAAUGAGGGAUAAUAUGAGAUUCCACCAUUUUAGGAGUGGAGCUUGUUCUUGUGGUGAUUUUUGAAAGUAUACGUUGUGGAAUUUUCUUCCAAAGAACUUGUGGGAGCAAUUCAGCCGGUUCAUGAACCAGUAUUUUUUGUUGAUUGCUUGCCUUCAGCUAUGGUCACUUAUCACCCCGGUAAAUCCUGCUAGUACAUGGGGUCCGUUAAUAUUCAUAUUUGCAGUCUCGGCUUCGAAAGAAGCUUGGGAUGAUUACCACAGGUAUCUAUCAGAUAAGAAAGCAAAUGAGAAAGAAGUUUGGAUCGUCAAACAGGGGAUCAAGAAGCAUAUUCAAGCACAGGACAUACAAGUUGGUAAUAUUGUCUGGUUGCGUGAGAAUGAUGAAGUUCCUUGUGAUCUAGUUUUGCUUGGUACCUCUGAUCCACAAGGUGUUUGCUAUGUAGAGACUGCUGCUUUAGACGGUGAAACUGAUCUAAAAACAAGAGUCAUACCCUCAGCAUGUGUGGGAAUUGAUUUAGAAUUGUUACACAAAAUGAAAGGUGUGAUUGAAUGUCCUAUUCCAGAUAAGGAUAUUCGAAGAUUUGACGCAAACAUGCGCUUAUUUCCGCCAUUUAUUGACAAUGACGUCUGUUCUUUAACCAUAAAAAACACUCUUCUUCAGUCCUGUUACUUGAGAAAUACAGAGUGGGCUUGUGGAGUAUCUGUCUAUACAGGGAACCAAACUAAGCUUGGUAUGAGUAGGGGUAUAGCUGAGCCGAAGCUUACUGCUAUGGAUGCAAUGAUUGAUAAACUGACUGGAGCAAUAUUCGUUUUCCAAAUUGUCGUUGUUAUGGUCCUCGGUGUAGCUGGAAAUGUUUGGAAAGAUACAGAAGCAAGGAAGCAAUGGUAUGUGCAGUAUCCAGAGGAAGCCCCGUGGUAUGAGCUGCUUGUAAUCCCUUUGCGGUUUGAACUCCUAUGUUCCAUCAUGAUACCCAUCUCCAUUAAGGUGUCUCUAGAUCUGGUUAAGGGUCUUUAUGCAAAAUUUAUAGAAUGGGAUGUGGAGAUGAUAGAUCAAGAGACUGGUACAGCAUCUUAUGCAGCAAACACAGCAAUAAGCGAGGACCUUGGGCAAGUAGAGUACAUUUUGACCGACAAAACUGGGACCCUGACAGACAACAAGAUGAUAUUUAGAAGAUGCUGUAUUGGUGGCAUAUUUUAUGGGAAUGAGAAUGGAGAUGCUUUGAAAGAUGCACAACUUCUUAAUGCCAUCACCAGUGGCUCUACAGAUGUUAUCCGAUUUCUUACAGUUAUGGCCAUCUGCAACACAGUUAUACCUGUGCAGAGCAAAGCUAGAGAUAUUGUUUACAAGGCGCAAUCUCAGGAUGAAGACGCUCUUGUAAUUGCUGCUGCAAAGUUGCAUAUGGUCUUUGUUGGGAAAAAUGCCAAUCUUCUAGAAAUCAGAUUUAAUGGUUCGAUAAUUCGCUAUGAGGUACUGGAGAUUCUUGAAUUCACUUCAGAUCGAAAAAGAAUGUCAGUGGUAGUGAAAGAUUGUCAGAAUGGGAAAAUUAUACUUCUGUCAAAAGGUGCAGAUGAAGCAAUCCUUCCGUACGCAUGUGCUGGUCAGCAAACCCGAACUAUUGGUGACGCCGUAGAACACUAUUCCCAGCUGGGGCUCCGAACAUUGUGUUUGGCUUGGCGUGAACUGGAAGAGAAUGAGUAUCUAGAGUGGUCAGUGAAGUUUAAGGAGGCUAGUAGUCUUCUGGUUGAUAGGGAGUGGAGAAUUGCUGAGGUCUGUCAAAGAUUAGAACAUGAUCUUUAUAUUCUAGGGGUCACUGCAAUAGAGGACCGGUUGCAGGAUGGUGUACCAGAGACAAUCGAGACACUUAGAAAAGCAGGGAUAAACUUUUGGAUGCUGACAGGAGAUAAGCAGAAUACAGCUAUACAGAUUGCUCUUUCCUGUAAUUUUAUCUCUCCAGAGCCUAAAGGUCAACUUCUGAUGAUUGAUGGAAAAACUGAAGAAGAUGUUUCUCGAAGUUUGGAGAGGGUUUUGCUUACAAUGCGGAUUACAGCUUCAGAACCUAAGGACGUGGCAUUUGUUAUUGAUGGCUGGGCUCUAGAAAUUGCUCUGAAACACCAUCGCAAGGAUUUUGUUGAAUUAGCUAUACUUUCUAGGACAGCCAUAUGUUGUCGCGUCACACCUUCACAGAAAGCCCAGUUAGUUGAAAUCUUAAAAUCCUGUGAUUAUCGAACGCUUGCAAUUGGUGACGGUGGGAAUGAUGUAAGAAUGAUACAGCAAGCUGAUAUCGGGGUCGGCAUCAGCGGAAGAGAAGGGCUGCAGGCAGCAAGAGCUGCAGAUUAUAGCAUUGGAAGAUUCAGGUUUCUGAAAAGACUGAUUCUUGUUCAUGGGAGGUAUUCAUAUAACCGGACAGCAUUUUUGUCCCAGUAUUCCUUCUACAAAUCUUUGUUGAUAUGCUUCAUCCAGAUUUUCUUCUCGUUUAUUUCAGGCGUUUCUGGAACCAGUCUUUUCAAUUCGGUUAGCCUGAUGGCUUAUAACGUUUUCUACACCAGUAUUCCUGUUCUUGUUAGCGUAAUUGAUAAAGAUCUUAGUGAAGCAUCAGUGAUGCAACACCCUCAAAUUUUGUUCUACUGCCAAGCUGGAAGGCUUCUAAACCCAAGCACAUUUGCGGGAUGGUUUGGCCGAUCCCUUUUUCACGCAAUUGUUGUAUUUGUAAUUACCAUACACGCAUAUGCUUACGAGAAAAGUGAAAUGGAGGAGCUUGGAAUGGUAGCUCUUUCUGGAUGUAUAUGGCUUCAAGCUUUUGUUGUGGCUCAAGAAACCAAUUCCUUUACGGUGUUGCAACACCUUUCCAUUUGGGGAAAUCUGGUCGCUUUCUAUGCAAUCAACUUUCUCUUCAGCGCAAUACCGUCAUCUGGAAUGUACACCAUCAUGUUCCGCCUCUGUUCUCAACCUUCUUACUGGAUAACAAUGUUUCUCAUAGUUGGGGCAGGCAUGGGUCCUAUAUUCGCAUUGAAGUACUUCCGCUACACAUACAGACCCAGCAAAAUCAAUAUACUCCAACAAGCUGAACGAAUGGGUGGUCCAAUACUGACUCUAGGAAAUAUUGAACCGCAACCAAGGACCAUUGAGAAGGACUUGUCUCCAUUAUCCAUCACUCAGCCCAAAAACAGAAGCCCGGUCUAUGAGCCAUUGCUAUCAGAUUCUCCAAACGCAACACGACGCUCAUUUGGCCCUGGAACUCCAUUCGAGUUUUUCCAAUCACAGUCAAGAUUAUCAUCAUCGUCUGGUUAUACCAGAAACUGCAAAGACAACUAAAAACAUUUUUAUUUCCUUUCAAAUUUUUACAUUUCCGUGACGUUUGUGACUAUUCUGAUCUCAAUGGUAAAUGCAGUCCAAGUCGCGGGUAUUAACGAAAGAAAUGGACCAAAAAAAAAACAGUUGUAUUUGUAUAUAAGACUACUUUACUGGAUUUUGCAGAUAUUGAGAAGUAGUCUUUGAAAAAACAUUGCCUUGUCCG